AGAGAGAGAGAGAGAGAGAGAGGGAGAGAGAGGCAUGUUCCUGCAAAUUGGGUUUACUUGGGUUUCUGGAGAUAGGCUUGUUUGUGGGAGUUGGGUUUAGAGAGAGAGAGGCUUGUUUGUGCGAGUUGGGUUGAGAGAGAGAGAGGCUUGUUUGUUGGAGUUGGGUUUCUUGAUAGAGCCUGGUUUCUGCGAGUUGGGUUUCGUCUAGCGAGAGCGAGAGAGAGAGAGAGACAUGUUUCUACGUGUUGGUUUUUGAGAGAGGUAGAGGGUUUUGGAGGGUCUAUUUCGAGAAGAUGGGAUCGGGAGUCUUUGGUUUUUUCUCCCUUUGGCACAUGGGUUCUGGCUCAAACUGCAUAGGGACUCGAGGAAGUGAGUUUUUCUCUCUCUAGAUGAGAAAAUGGAGGAAAAUGCGGCUGCUUUUCACACUGCUCAGAAUUCAAUCCAGGCCUUGGGGAGGGGUUUUGAUGUGUGCUCUGAUACAAGGUUGCUUUAUUGCAAGGGUUCUUCUGGUUCGAGAAUAGUUGAAAUUGAUGAAGAACACUCAAAGAACUUGGAGGUCUGUGAAGGCCUAAUUGUGCCUAAUGUUUCUAGAGAAAUCAAAUCUUCAGAAGAAAAGAGCGAGCGUGAGAUCACUGGAGUUUGCCGUUUCUAUGAGAUGGCAGAGCGUUUUAAUAAAAAGGCCCAGCUACCAGGAUGUGUUCCUCUUGGAAGCUUUAACUCUGUAUUCAGUUUAACAGGGUCAAGGAAAACUGAUGCUGCAGCCACGAAGAGCCUUGCCAUGGAUGGGUAUAUUGUUCCUCUCUUCAAGGUUAGGUUGACGAAAUUCCCCUUGAUAUUGCAGGAAGAUGUUAAACGUGCUGUCCCAUCCUCAUGGGAUCCUUCAGCCUUAGCAUGCUUUAUUGAGAAUUUCGGGACACAUGUUGUUACAUCUGUCACGAUUGGGGGUAAAGACGUCAUUUAUGUGAAACAACACAUCUCAUCUCAUUUGUCAACAACAGAGAUUAAAAAUUAUGUUCAGGAUGUUGGAGAUCAGAGGUUCUCUGUUGCAAGAAUCCGGAGGACUCCAGGUCCUAUGAAAUUUAACGACAAGGCAGUGGAUUCAUUUCCUUUCAACAGCCAAGGGAUUCAUCCUCAACCCUCAACUACUCCUUAUUUAAUCGGGAAAGAAUUCUUGUACAUCCCCAUGAACUUUGUGUUAUGUAAUCCGACUUGCUUGUUGUUUUUCAUUCCUCAGGUCACUAUCGGGCGUAAGCCUAUGACUGGCCUCCGUCUCUGCCUCGAGGGACCAAAGAGAAACCGCCUUUGCAUCCAUGCACGACACCUUUCCACAGUCCCUAGGGUACUUCGGCCUCACUGGGACCCACACAUACCCAUCGGGCCUCCCACUUGGGUGGGCCCUGAAGAACAAGAUAGUCGUUGGUUCAUCCCUGUAAGGUGGUCCCGCUUCUGCCAUGUCAGUGCAGCCCCAGUCGAGCCUAAAGAGUCCCACAUUGGGGCGCUAUCUGGGGCCCUUGUGGUCACUGGUGCCCACCUUGGGGUAUGGAAUUUCGGACCACGAAGCGUGCUCUACCUAAGACUAUUGUACUCCAGGGUCCCUGGUUGUACGAUCCGGAGGUCAGUUUGGGACCAUGCUUCAGCUGAGAAACCGGAGAAUUCUGAAAAGUCUGAGAAUUCUGAUGGGGUUCAUGGGAAACUGGCAAAAUUGGUGGAUUUGGAGGAGAUGGUUAAAGGGGCUGAGGACUCACCGGGACAUUGGGUUCUUACUGGGGCUAAGCUUGGGGUCGAGAAGGGGCGGAUAUGUUUAAGGGGUAAGUAUUCUCUCUUGAACUACUGAUUUUUUUUUUCGCUUUUCUUCUUUAUCUUUUUUGGGUAGGUGAGCUUGGAACCGAACCUUCAACAUUGGUGUAGCAGACCUAGUCGGCAUUUUGUCCUAGCCAUUUAUAACCAAGAGGCUGGGCCCUCGAAGUAAGCUAGCAUUCAAGCUUUUGAGGUUGGGGUUGUGUAUCUUAUGUCUUAGAUGCCAUGUCCCCUCAGUGAAGCAGGGAGGCUGAGCCCUGAACAGUCCUAAUCUUGGUAGUAAUGGUUUAGAUCUGUUGGGAUCACAACCGAGCUUGUGAUUAAAAAAAUAAAAAAAGACAGAAAGAAAGAAAGAUCUCGGGUUGUCCGAUUCGGGUCUGAAAAUGUAAAUGCUAUAAGAAAUCUUCUCAGAUUGAUGUAUAAAACUUAUGAUGUAUAAAGACUACUACCAUACAAUUUAGACGCCAUAAUCUUUCUUAUGUUUCUGCCA